ACACCUGCAGUAGUUCCACUGUCAGCCAUUCAACAAAAUUGACAACUGUGGCUAACUUUGUUGUUAUGUAGAUCGGUUAUUGUUUAUACCUACAUUAAUGACAGACAAAUAAUGCUAUUAGUUUUUUAAAACAAUGUUUUCAGAAAAAUGUUCAAUUUGUUUCACAGACAACGAAGUACUUAAGGAUAUUUCUCAACUUGAUGAUGAUAGCUUAACUCUCUCUUUCAAAUUGCAAGCUGUAGUUCCCGAAGUGGAAUGGCUUGUUGAUUACAAAAUUUGUGAAGUGUGUAUAUCAGAAGUUAAAUCAGCAUAUAUAUUUCGAAUAAAAUGCCUGAAAAUCAAGAAUAAUAAAUUAAAAGAUGAAUGCUUUGAAAAGUUUAAAGAUUAUGAUGAUAUUAAAGUAGAUUAUGAUUCUGAUGGGUCAGACUUUGAAGAAGACACUAAAGAAGAAAACCAAUGUUUUAUAUGUUACCACUGCGGGCAUACCAGUUCGUCAAAGGAUGAUUUAAUACAACACAUUCAAGGAUGUCAUCAAAAUGGAGAGAAAGAAUUGCCUAAGUAUAAAAGAAAUACUAUGUGUUCCCAUUGUGGUAGAAAAUUUACAAAACAAUCUUCAAUUGAAGAACAUUCACUUGUAUGUGAUGGAGUCAGACGACACAGAAAAAUUAAAACAGAGUAUCAAUGUAAUACAUGUAAACGAUUCUACAGUUCAGAAAAAAUAUUGAGGUCUCAUGAGAAAAAAUGUAGUGUAAAAGAAUUGAAAAUCACAGAUUAUCAAUGUCCAAAAUGCAACGUUUAUUAUAAAAGCGAGAAAACAUUGAUAAACCAUACAAAUAGAGGAUGUAAAAAGGAUGGCAAAGAACCUGCUUAUUUUUGCAAGUGCUGUGAAAAUGUCUUUGAUACAGUAUUAGAUCUGAAAGAUCACAUGUUUAAAGAUCAUGAUAUACUAGAGUUUCGUUGUGAAAAAUGUGACAAGGUUUUUGAUAACAGUGAAGCAUACAAUGCACAUAAAUCCGAACAUAAAAAAUCAAAACGGUUGUUCUCUUGUGAAGUGUGUAGUGAAGAAUUUCAUUAUUUGAAGGAAGUAGUGGAUCAUUGUUUGAAUAAACAUUCAUUAAAACAAAAAUCAAUUAGACCAUACUAUUGUGAUUUGUGUCAAAAAAGAUUUCGGUCGUCUACAAAUUUACAAAAUCACAAAUUGUAUCAUGAGGGUAAUAGGUCUCACAUUUGCAGUAUCUGUGGUAAAAGUUUCAUAACUAAGAGCGAUCUUCAUAACCAUGAAAUAACCCAUAAUGAUGACAGAAAUUUUGGGUGUGAUAAAUGUGGUAAAGCAUUUAAAACAAAUAACAAUUUGUGGACACAUUAUCUAAUUGUUCACACAGAUCCUAUGUUAUGGAAAUUUGUCUGUAAACUAUGUGGAAAAAGAUUUCCAUUGAAAUCAAAUUAUGAUCAACAUUUUCGUAGGCAUACUGGACAGAAAGAAUUCAUUUGUCCAUUAUGCAAAAAACAGUUUGCUAGCAAAAGUGAACUGCAAGCACACAUUAGGUGUCAUUCUAAUGUUAAAAGAUAUGUUUGUGAUCACUGUGGAAGAGAUUACAGAAAAAAGAACAGUUUGGACAUCCAUCUUACUAAAGCACAUGGUAUUGGUAAUGCCAAGCUUCCGGUAAGAGAAAAGAAAUAUGCUUGUCAUAUAUGUCCAGGCAGGUUUUAUGAUAGAAAUAAAUUAGCUAGACAUUUGUGUACACAUUCUGGUUUAAAACCAUUUGCCUGCUUUGCAUGUGAUAAAAAAUUUACUGACAAAUCCUAUAUGAAGCAUCAUUUAAAAACAGCCCAUAAUAUUUUUGAGGAUUCGGGGUUAAAAGAUCCUCAUAUUACCUAAGUAUUGUUAUGCUGAGAUAUCUGCAGUAUUAUUAGCUGUCUAUUUUGUGUAUGUAUCUAAUAUAAAAUUACAAACAAUAA